UGGGGAGCGGAAGCCAUCAGUGGGCUCGGAGGACACAGUCCCAGCCAGGACACGGCCAUCGGUCACUAAGCCGCAGCACUGGAAUGUCCGCGGGCCAAUCAGCAGGCCCAGGCUGACUCUUGGAGAUUGUGAAUAGCUCCAUCCAGCCCGAGAAACAAGCCGGGUGGCUGAGCCAGGCUGUGCUCGGAGCGCCUGACAGGCCCAACAGACCCAUGCCGCAUCCAGAGACCUCCCCUGGCCGGGGGCAUCUCCUGGCUGUGCUCCUGGCCCUCCUUGGCACCACCUGGGCAGAGGUGUGGCCACCCCAGCUGCAGGAGCAGGCUCCGAUGGCCGGAGCCCUGAACAGGAAGGAGAGUUUCUUGCUCCUCUCCCUGCAUAACCGCCUGCGCAGCUGGGUCCAGCCCCCUGCGGCUGACAUGCGGAGGCUGGACUGGAGUGACAGCCUGGCCCAACUGGCUCAAGCCAGGGCAGCCCUCUGUGGAACCCCAGCCCCGAGCCUGGAGUCUGCCCCGUGGCGCACCCCGCAAGUGGGCUGGAACAUGCAGCUGCUGCCGGCGGGCUCGGCGUCCUUUGUCGAAGUGGUCAGCCUAUGGUUUGCAGAGGGGCAGCGGUACAGCCACGCGGCAGGGGAGUGUGCCCCCAACGCCAACUGCACCCACUACACGCAGCUCGUGUGGGCCACCUCAAGCCAGCUGGGCUGUGGGCGGCACCUGUGCUCUGCAGGUCAGGCAGCGAUAGAAGCCUUUGUCUGUGCCUACUCCCCCGGGGAAUCUCCCUAUCUCACCCAGCUCCCUAACUCCCUGGCCUGGCUGCAGGAGCUGAAGGGGCCAGGGGGGCAGACAGCAGGGCCCCACCACUGCCUUGCCCAAGGCCAGGCCCUCCCACACCCUGUGGUGCCUGCUCGUCCUCACAGAGGCAACUGGGAAGUCAACGGGAAGAUAAUCAUCCCCUAUAAGAAGGGUGCCUCGUGUUCACUCUGCACAGCCAGUGUCUCAGGCUGCUUCAAAGCCUGGGACCACGCAGGGGGGCUCUGUGAGGUCCCCAGGAAUCCUUGUCGCAUGAGCUGCCAGAACCAUGGACGUCUCAACAUCAGCACCUGCCACUGCCACUGUCCCCCUGGCUACACGGGCAGAUACUGCCAAGUGAGGUGCAGCCUGCAGUGUGUGCAUGGCCGGUUCCGGGAGGAGGAGUGCUCAUGCGUCUGUGACGUCGGCUACGGGGGAGCCCAGUGUGCCACCAAGGUGCAUUUUCCCUUCCAAACCUGUGACCUGAGGAUCGACGGAGACUGCUUCAUGGUGUCUUCAGAGGCAGACACCUAUUACAGAGCCAGGAUGAAAUGCCAGAGGAAAGGCGGGGUGCUGGCCCAGAUCGAGAGCCAGAAAGUGCAGGACAUCCUCGCCUUCUACCUGGGCCGCCUGGAGAUCACCAACGAGGUGACUGACAGUGACUUCGAGACCAGGAACUUCUGGAUUGGGCUCACCUACAAGACCGCCAAGGACUCCUUCCGCUGGGCCACAGGGGAGCACCAGGCCUUCACCAGUUUUGCCUUUGGGCAGCCUGACAACCACGGGUUUGGCAACUGCGUGGAGCUGCAGGCUUCAGCUGCCUUCAACUGGAACGACCAGCGCUGCAAAACCCGAAACCGUUACAUCUGCCAGUUUGCCCAGGAGCACAUCUCCCGGUGGGGCCCAGGGUCCUGAGGCCUGGCCGCAUGGCUCCCUCGCCUGCCCUGGGUGCACCCACUCUGCUUACCUGUCUUCCCACCUGUCUGGAACAAGGGCCAGAUUAAGACCACAUGCCUCAUGUCCAAAGAGGUCUCAGACCUUGCACAAUGCCAGAAGUUGGCAGAGAGAGGCAGGGAGGCCAGUGAGGGCCAGGGAGUGAGUGUUAGAAGAAGCUGGGGCCCUUCGCCUGCUUUUGAUUGGGAAGAUGGGCUUCAAUUAGACGCCGAAGGAGAAGCCCCCGCCAGUGGUCCAAAGAGGCUGCUCUCUUCCACCCGGCCCAGACCCUGUGGGGCAGCGGAGCUUCCCUGUGGCAUGAACCCCACAGGGUAUUAAACUAAGUUAUGAAUCAGCUGAA